AUUAUGACUUUUCUGAAACUUUUGUUCCAUGACACAGUAGAUGCCUCCUAAUUAUGACGAACCAGCUUGUCAUUUUCCUGGUAAUUUACUUAGUUGACUUGACUUUUGCUAUAGUUUUCUCACAUUUACAGAUGUAUAUAUACUUUUGUUUACGUUCAUACAACACAUUGUUUGUAUUGAAAUUCUAGAUUAUUCAAUUUGUAUUUCAUAGUCUUUCAGUUAUGCUUUGCCCAUAGCCUGCCGAAGCUACAAACAGUUCUUUGAUACAGGUGUAGCUUACUUUUCACAUCUUAAUUGCUUCUACUCUUCAGCAAAGCAUUUUUUUUCUCUCGGACAUUUUAAAAAUAUUGUUCUUCUGCUACAUUUUCUGGGCAACCAAACAGUAGAAAAGAAUCAGCCCAGCUCCUUUUCUCUGCACUAAUCUGUUUGCUAGUUUUAUUCUGGUGUUGGUUAUCAAUCAUAACAAGGAGAAGGCACACAUGGCAAACAGAUAUGGAGAUCAUUCUCCAAAUGACAUCGAGAAUCCAUCAGUUUCUUUGGCGACUUCGCUGAGAUUGGAGUUGGAAAGCUUGUCUCCCUUAUCUUCCAAGUGCUCUAUCUACAGGGUUUCUGAACGGCUGCGGCUUGUCAAUGAAAAUGCCUACACACCCCAGGUAGUUUCCAUUGGUCCUCUUCAUCAUGGCAAGGAAAGAUUAAGAGCGAUGGAAGAGCACAAAAAGAGGUAUUUAUGUGAUUAUCUUAAGCACACAAGUUUAGGCUUGGAAUACUACAUAAAAAUCAUAAAAGAUAAAGAAGAAGAAUUGCGCAGCUGUUAUGCAGAACCUAUAAGAUUCUCAAGUGAUGAAUUUACAAAGAUUGUUUUAGUAGAUGCUGCAUUCAUUAUUGAGGUUCUAUUAAGGUACUGUUUUCACGAGCUUCAAGACGAGCAUGAUCGUAUCUUUAACAAGCCAUGGAUGCUGCAGGACAUCUGGCGUGAUGUGCGGUUGCUUGAGAAUCAGCUGCCCUUCUUCAUUCUUGAACAUCUUUUUAACCCAGAAAGAAUUUCAGUCCCUUCUUCUAAUGAUGAGAGGCUUUCAAUCAUUAAGCUUUCUCAUAUGUUUUUCAAAGGGCUGAUGCAGUUAAAGGGAACAGAAAAUUUGGAGCGAAUAUCUUCUCCAAGAAUUGAACAUUUUGUUGAUAUCCUUAGAAAUGUAUAUGUCCCACUGGAACAAAAACCAGAAGUAAAGAGGCUGACAUCUAUGAACAUCCCAAGCAUAACAGAGCUACACCGAGCUGGAGUUAAGUUCAAGAUGAGGUCGAGCAAAAAUUUGUUUGACAUACAUUUCUCUGAAGGAAUUUUGGAAAUUCCGAAGCUGACAAUUAGUGAUGAGAUGGAACUUACAUUCAGAAACUUACUUGCGUUUGAAGAAUGCCAUUGCAGGGAGAAUUACUUGAACGAUUAUGUCGUGAUUAUAGACCGGCUUGUUAAUACUCCCAAAGAUGUAGAUUUACUUGUGAAGUAUGGGAUCGUUGAGAAUAGAUUAGGGGACAGCAGCCAGGGGGCUACUUUGAUAAACAAGCUUGCAGAUGGGGUUACUUUGGACUCUGAUGAUUUUUAUUUUGCUCAAAUUUCUGAACAACUACGUGCCUAUUGCAAGACCUCCUGGCAUAAAUGGAGGGCAAACUUGAAACAGAACUAUUUCCACACUCCUUGGGCAAUUGUUUCUGUCAUUGCAGCUGUUCUUCUUAUCAUUCUUACCAUUAUACAAGCAGUUUGUUCUGUUAUCUCAGUUACAAUUAAAGACUUGCCUCCUCGCUAGGCCAUUUUCUGCUUUGUCCAAAGGCUUAAAUUGUGAGAGUUGUAAUCAUGUCCUGUUUAAUUUUUAUUUUUAUCAGAAGACUUAGCUUAGCUGUAGUUUUUCUGAAAUUUCAAAAUGUGCUAUAUGUAUUACUAAUCAUUAGUUUUAUGUGUUUGGAUCAUUAAUAAAGCUUGUCUCCCUUCGCAUUGAUAAA